GAUCGCUUUACAUCAAGCCGACUCCUAGUCCCAACGCCUAAUUGUCCUGCAACUCCUCUGCAACCUUUGCGCCGGGAAAUCAAGUAUGGGAUUCAGUGAUACUUUGAAGGAGACGGUGAGUCCCGUUCAUGACAAGCAAGCUUGGCUAACAAGAAGAAAAGUAUUCCUACUACACUAAAAAGCCCAUAAACGAAGAGUCACUCGACAUGAGGGCUAGGAACCACACUGGAAACGAAAGAAGAGAUAUGCAGCGUGCCGGCUUCAGGUCUGAUCCCCGCCCGCCAAAUGGGGAUACGACUGCUAGUCUCAGAAGCACACUUCGAAAGCAAACGAUGGAACUGAGAAGAGAAGACAAGCGCUACCGCAAGCUAGAUGCAAGCUUCCACGAAUUGUACCGAGAACACAGUCGACUGCAAGUCGAUGUCAAGCACCUCAAGUCUGACAAUAAGAUCCUCUCAUCUGACAUUUCCAACUUUGAUGAGAAGUUGACAUACAUCACCGAUACCUACAUGGGCCCAUACGCACGUACAAGAGGUAUCAGAGUGCAAGACAGCUCAUAUGUGACCCUUGACCGAGUCUUGGAGCCCAUGCUCGGCGAUGCACUGAAGGCCAAAUCUCUAGAGAUAACAGUCGCUGAUCUGCAGAGCAAGGUCCAGUCCAGCUCCAGUCAGGUGCAGUCUUUGGAAGCUGAGCUGACUGAAAUGGAUGUUUCGCAGACCGAGGUACAAUACUUGAAAGAUCAAGUCCAGAGUUUGCAGAGGCAGCUACUCGCGAGAGUUGACAAAGAGCGUGUGAUUUCGGAUGACCACCUCGGGAAUGAGUUCCGUAAUCUCGUCGCAUUGGUCAAGUCGCUCAGUCGAUCGGUUCGCUUUGCCAGAGACACGGAACUGUCUGAGGUUCUAGACACCCGUGUGUUGCUCAGUGGUGUGAGAGCGAACCAGUGGGGCACACGUGCGCGCAAGAAGUUCUUUAUCGAGGCCUGGACCUGGUCUGUCCUGCUAGAGAAAACCUUCAGAACUCCGUUCACUAUUCUUGGAAGUAACGACACUGCCAUGGCUGAAAUUUGGUCCGGGAUGUUCGACAACAAGCACCAUCACGGUUGGCCAGUCCCUUCCGCACUGUGCGAAAGCUGGCGCUACAAAACCGUGGAGCAUGCAGUCGAGACUAUGGAUUUGAUCGACGAGGCGAAAGUCUCGGUCAGAGGACGUGAGUUUCCUGGUGGUACGCCUUCACAAGACGCUGAAGGUGAGGAUUCGCAAAUCCGUAAUGAGGUGGCGAACGAGAUCGGUACAAGAUUGGCCAAUCUAUCAUCAGCUACAGACUUCCAGAUUCUCCCAAAAGUGGUCGAAGCAGCACACACUCUGGCCUUACACAUGUCUCUUCAACGAUCUCGCAUUCAGCUCACAUUCCCCAGCGUCGAUGACGCUUUCGACGGUACCAAGAUGACGCCCCUCCCAGAUCCUGAUGGUGAGGACCGCGUAGACGGAGUGGUUGCAUUCGUCGUAAGGCCUGCCUUAACGAAGUGGGGAAAUGCAUAUGGCGAGUACUUCGAUCAACGUUACGACAUCGUUCCAGCUCUUGUUCAGCUUCAAGCUCACCACGAGGAAGCUUACCACGAGAAAGUCAUGGUCAAGCUUGAGCCCCUGUGAACGGCAUUGCAAAGUCGUUACAGGGUCACACUGACUACUUUAGGUGGGAGUGUCCAGGGAACAAGCCAAGGAUUAUUGCUUGGAAAGCAUAUCGUCAUGAUCUUCAACUUAUCUUAAAUCCCAGGAUCGAAGGUAGCAUUUGAUAGUAAUGAACGAACAAUAUUGACCUAUGACAUUGAUGUGUAC